CUCUGAAGGGGAUGGUGGGAAGCCUGGAUCUUGCUCCCAGUUUUAGAGGGUUUCUUGCCCCCAGGAACUGCUUUCUAACUUCUUGUCUUUCUGGCUUGCUUCACCAAAAUGUCCCUAGAGGCUUCCUGAUGACUUGUUUGUGUCGUCCCUGACACAUUAAUAUUCUUUUAAUUAUGGAGCAUGUGUCUUGCUGAUGGUUGGCGUACAUAGAUAUGCAUCUAUUAAAAGCAAAAUAAUUUGACGCAUUUUAAGGAGGAAUAUCAAAAGAUAGAAGAAGUAAGACUGCGGUAACCUCUCAAAUCUUCAGAUGUCAAAAUUAACCUGGACUACUUGGGAAUGGCGAAACAUAGCCCUGGGAUCCUGCCAUGAACAGUAAGAGAGUUGAGAUGCUUUGUGUAUGCAAGUGCAUGAAGAACACAGGAGAUAUUUCCGCUUAUCAGAGAUGAUGUGGAGAGACACUUUGGGAGUUACUAACCUGGGCGGCAUGGAUCGUUCUGUGCUCAGAGGGGAAGUGUCAGCAGUGCUUCAUGACAGAUCUCUGGUGGAAGAGGAGGAUCCUCAUAUGAAAGUAUCUCUUGGUAGCAGCGAUAUGGGCAUCUCUGCCCAUCUACAGUCUUCUAAGACAGGGACCACAAGAUUUUUCACCAGCAAUACUCACAGUUCUGUGGUAUUACAGGGCUUUGACCAACUGCGAGUGGAAGGUUUGCUUUGUGAUGUGACGCUUGUUCCAGGAGAUGGUGACGAAGUGUUUCCUGUUCACAGAGCCAUGAUGGCCUCUGCAAGUGAUUACUUCAAGGCUAUGUUCACAGGAGGAAUGAAGGAACAGGAUUUAAUGUGUAUUAAGCUUCACGGUGUGAACAAAAUAGGCCUAAAGAAGAUCAUUGAUUUCAUUUAUACUGCAAAACUCUCCCUUAAUAUGGACAACCUUCAGGACACUCUGGAAGCUGCCAGUUUUUUGCAGAUUUUACCUGUUUUGGACUUCUGUAAAGUAUUUCUUAUCUCUGGGGUUUCAUUAGAAAACUGUGUUGAGGUUGGGCGAAUUGCCAACACGUACAAUCUCACAGAAGUGGAUAAAUACGUUAAUAAUUUCAUCCUGAAGAACUUCCCUGCAUUAUUAAGUACUGGUGAAUUUGUGAAACUCCCCUUUGAGCGUCUUGCCUUUGUGCUUUCAAGUAAUAGCCUUAAGCACUGCACUGAACUUGAACUCUUCAAGGCGGCUUGUCGCUGGCUACGGUACGAGGAGCCUCGGAUGGAGUACGCUGCGAAGCUGAUGAAGAACAUCAGGUUUCCGCUGAUGACGCCCCAGGAUCUUAUUAACUACGUUCAAACAGUGGACUUCAUGAGAACUGACAACACCUGUGUAAACUUGCUUUUGGAAGCCAGCAACUACCAAAUGAUGCCAUACAUGCAGCCGGUUAUGCAGUCGGAGAGAACUGCCAUUCGGUCGGACAGUACUCACUUGGUGACGUUGGGGGGAGUGCUGAGGCAGCAGCUGGUUGUCAGCAAGGAGUUACGGAUGUACGACGAAAAAGCCCACGAAUGGAAAUCCUUAGCUCCCAUGGAUGCCCCCAGGUACCAGCACGGCAUCGCCGUGAUUGGAAACUUCCUUUACGUAGUUGGGGGCCAGAGCAAUUACGACACGAAAGGAAAGACGGCGGUUGACACGGUCUUUAGGUUUGAUCCUCGCUACAACAAGUGGAUGCAAGUCGCAUCUUUAAAUGAGAAGCGCACCUUCUUCCACCUAAGUGCCCUCAAAGGACAUUUGUACGCAGUCGGGGGUCGAAAUGCAGCGGGUGAGCUGGCCACUGUGGAAUGUUACAAUCCCAGAAUGAAUGAAUGGAGCUAUGUCGCAAAAAUGAAUGAACCCCACUAUGGUCAUGCUGGAACUGUGUAUGGGGGAUUAAUGUAUAUUUCAGGGGGAAUUACCCAUGAUACCUUCCAAAAGGAACUUAUGUGUUUUGACCCUGACACAGACAAAUGGACUCAGAAAGCUCCGAUGACGACGGUCAGAGGUCUGCAUUGCAUGUGUACUGUAGGAGACAAGCUAUAUGUUAUUGGUGGAAAUCACUUCAGAGGAACGAGUGAUUACGAUGAUGUUCUAAGCUGUGAAUAUUACUCACCAACUCUAGACCAGUGGACUCCAAUCGCUGCCAUGUUACGUGGGCAAAGUGAUGUUGGAGUUGCUGUCUUUGAAAAUAAAAUCUAUGUUGUUGGAGGAUAUUCUUGGAAUAAUCGGUGUAUGGUGGAAAUUGUUCAGAAAUAUGAUCCAGAAAAAGAUGAGUGGCAUAAAGUAUUUGACCUUCCAGAAUCACUUGGUGGCAUUCGAGCCUGCACUCUUACUGUUUUCCCACCAGAGGACAAUACAGGGUCACCGUCUAGAGAAUCUCCUCUUUCAGCACCUUAGAAACAUCCCUUGACUUAUGAUGUUGUAGUAACACCUUUGCACUGCAUCAUGGAGUCUAUUAUUUUUCUUCAGUAGUUUCUGUUAGGCUUAGCCUACAGCAUUUCAUACAAUUACUGGGAGAAAAAAAAAAAAACAAACAAAAAAAACAACAAACAAAAGAGACUUUGACAUUAUUUGUGCUGUUUGUUUGGCCUAGAAUGUUUGUCAAGUGGUUAACAAAAAGAGGUGUACUGACCCGAGCCAAAUGUUUAACAAAUGAGAAGAUAUUGUCUAUACAAUGUAUGAAGUAGGUACGUUAUUAAUGUUGUGUAUUGGGUGUGAGGUACCUUAGAGCUUACAUUUGGAAGCCCAGUGAGUCAAAUUUGAAGACUUUGUAUUGAACUCGUUCAUUCACUAAAUUUCAUAGUUGAAAUCCUUUUUUGUUCCAUUUUUUGACUGCCGAUCACAAGGGGAGGUAGACUACAUCAAUGUGAACUAUGACAGGAGGUUGCCAAGGGGCCUGAGCUACCUCCCUCUUUUCACAGAGUAUUUUUGAAAAAAUCUCUUUACCCACCUGACUUUGUGGGUGCUUUCAGAGCAGAUGAAGUUUCUUAGGCAGAGGGGAGAAAUAAAAUAAUUGUAAAAUAUUAGCACUAUACAGGAAGCGGACCUUGUAGAGACCGGGAGUUUUUUAUAAUGUGUAUUGAGUGUUUUUCCUGAGUCGGUUGAGUGAUGCUUCAAACAGAAGAUUUAAAAUGUUUGGGGUUUUUAAUUUGGGUUUUUUUCAGGAAUUGGCUUCCGCUUGCAUGGGAGCACACACUAUUAAGAAAUGGGAAUUCAGUGCAGUUGUAUAUUCUGUUAUAUGCCUGCACUGAAUAUAGGUAGAUAAGGGCUAGAAACAUUAACUUAAGCCACUGAAUUUGACCAAAUUGUUUCAUCAGAUCAAAUUUAAUCUACCUUUUCUCCUUUGCUGUUGAGAUAACUUGCAUAAUGUGUCCUCUGUAUAGUCUCAGUUAAUAAGGUUAUUUAGCACAAAGUGCAGCUUCAGUGAGAGAGCUGCUUUUGCUCAGUGAACUUGGACUACCACGUUUUACCUUCUUUUGUUCAAUAAAACUUUUAACUGCA